CAUUUCAAAUGGCCCCGUAGGGCAACAAGGAUGGUUAGUUUUGACCGUGCUUAUUUGUCCCAUAAAUUAUCGAUCCUAAUUGGCAGUUAUUUGGGCUUUUAUAUUUGCCGACCUCUCGUUUUUGUACCGUGGUCACUAAAUGAAGGGCUUCUGGCCUGGGAGGGCCCAUGUAUUCUUUCAAUUGGUUGGGGAGCUGGGACAGUGUCUCUGGCAAUAACGAGAAUAGGAGGGAAUGUUGACCAGGGAGCACCGCUGCGGCCGUUCAGAGGAGCAGGAACAGGAGCCCGGGCUGAGUCUGAAAAAAGCCGGAUCCAGAAGGUGGCUCCGGAACGGCUGGAAUUGGAAGAUGGAGGAGCCGGAGGAACCGGCGGACAGUGGGCAGUCGCUGCCUCCAGUGUACAUCUACAGUCCCGAGUAUGUCAGCAUGUGCGACUCCCUGGCCAAAGUCCCCAAACGGGCCAGUAUGGUACAUUCUUUGAUUGAAGCAUAUGCACUGCAUAAGCAAAUGAGGAUAGUUAAGCCCAAAGUAGCCUCCAUGGAGGAGAUGGCCACCUUCCACACUGAUGCCUAUCUGCAGCAUCUCCAGAAGGUCAGCCAAGAAGGAGAUGACGAUCAUCCAGACUCCGUAGAAUACGGGCUAGGUUAUGACUGUCCAGCCACUGAAGGGAUAUUUGACUACGCAGCAGCUGUAGGAGGGGCUACAAUCACAGCUGCCCAAUGCCUGAUUGAUGGAAUGUGCAAAGUAGCAAUUAACUGGUCCGGAGGGUGGCAUCAUGCAAAGAACCACACUGGCCUUUCAGCUUCUCAAAUAGGCCAAGGAAGUUCUUUCCUGCCUCAGAGCUUUUGCAAUGCUGCUCUCUCUGCCUGGAAGACUUCUCCAUCUCAGUAUGGAGAUGAAGCAUCUGGUUUUUGUUAUCUCAAUGAUGCUGUCCUGGGAAUAUUACGAUUGCGACGGAAAUUUGACCGUAUUCUCUAUGUGGAUUUGGAUCUGCACCAUGGAGAUGGUGUGGAAGAUGCCUUCAGUUUCACCUCUAAAGUCAUGACAGUGUCCCUACACAAAUUCUCCCCAGGAUUUUUCCCAGGAACAGGUGACGUGUCUGAUGUUGGCUUAGGAAAGGGACGGUACUACAGUGUAAAUGUGCCCAUUCAGGAUGGCAUACAGGAUGAGAAGUAUUACCACAUCUGUGAAAGUGUACUAAAGGAGGUAUACAUAGCCUUUAAUCCUAAAGCAGUGGUCUUACAGCUGGGAGCUGAUACAAUUGCUGGGGAUCCCAUGUGCUCCUUUAACAUGACUCCAGUGGGAAUUGGCAAAUGUCUUAAGUACAUCCUUCAGUGGCAAUUGGCAACACUCAUUUUGGGAGGAGGAGGCUAUAACCUUGCCAACACGGCUCGAUGCUGGACAUACUUGACCGGGGUCAUCCUAGGGAAAACACUAUCCUCUGAGAUCCCAGAUCAUGAGAAAUGUGAGUCAUCCAAGAAGGAACAAAGAAGAAAAUUGAAAUGACAGUCUUCCCUGUACAAUAAGAUAACAUUUUAAUGAAAAUUGCCAAAAAUAGACUGCACAGUAUGAAGGCAUAUAUAAGUUUUGUGCCACAAUACGUAGUUGCACACAAAUAUCCUUGUGGUUCUGUGUAAUCAGAUCAACAAAUGAUAGGUCAAAAAAUAUUUACUGAGCACCCAUUGUGUGCCAGGCACUAUGAUAGGUGUCUUGGAAAAAUCAAAGACACUGAAACCUCAUCUCAUCUGCUACCUCAAGCAGCCUGGGAGGGAGGCUGGUAUAAGUUCUGGAGAGGUAUGUAGAUAUACAAAUAAUUAUGUUACAGAGCAGAGUAAGAAACACAAGACAGUAGGAACAAUGACUGUGGAGAUGUGCAUCAAAUAUGAAAGGGAUUCAAAGGAGUGUACAAAAUACCCUGCCCUCCAGGAGCUGAAAAUAUAAUUGAGAAAUCUAGUCAGUGAAAAGGUCAAGAUAGUGCAGCAGUCAGCUGCAGUCUGGCUGACACCCCCCCCCCCGCCCCCCCAACGUCUUCACUUUCAGUCUUGGGCUUUUCUUCUUCUAUGUCCUGGGAUAAUAAUCUUCCUCUUCCAAAUGCUCUUUCUCCAUCUUUCUAUUGUCUUCCUAGGUCUAGCUUCAAGCCCCAUGCCUUUAAAAAAUCCCUUACCUAAAUAUACCAAGGCCCUUUGAGCUCUUCCUUCAUAUUCAGUUAUUCCUUCAUUGAUUUAACAAAUAUUCAUUGCAUCCCUACUACUUGCCAGGCCUUAUUCAGACUUGAAUUCAGAGAUACAAAGACUAGCAAGUAAAACCAGUGCCCUCAAAAAUUUCACCAUCUGAUAAAGGUGACAGAACAAUGUGCUCAAAUCCAGGACAGUUGAGGAGAAUAGAAGAAAUGUUUCACCAAGACUUUGAACUAAAUCAUGGAGGUUGAUUGGGAGUUUGACAGGUAAAGAAGAGGGAAAGACAUUCUAGGCAAAAGGAAGUGGGAUUGGAAAGGACCUGGUUCCUCAUGGGACCAGUGAGAAGUUUGAUAAAGUAGUAGAACAUAGAGUUCCUAAGGGAGAGUGGGAAGGAUUAAGGCUUGAAUGAAAAUUGGAGCCACAUUAUGAAGAGCCUUGAACACUGCACUAAAGAGUGUAUACUUUAUUUCUGUGAAAACAGAUGAACUUUGGUUUUUAGAAAGCUUACUCAGUAGCACACAGAAGACAGAUUGCAAAAGAGAGGGACUUGACAAAGGCAAACCUGUUAAGAGGUUCCAGUACACUCCUAUAACAUAGUCUAUACUAUUCAUUUGGUCAUCUGUAUUUUGGUUGUCUGUAUUCCCCCUCAGUGCUUAGCACAAUAUCAGCCACCCAUCUUGUUGGUGUUCAUUGUUUGAAUGAACAACUGAAUAAAUGAGUGUUUUAAUAAUAAGGAUCUCAACAUUCACAUGGUAAAACUCUUUUUAAGAUGGAAGAAUUAGAAGCCUUUUGCUGAAAAGGCUUCCAGUAGCAAAUACCCAUCCUUUGCAAGAAGUACCAGGUAUCCCAGCUGUAGGAAACAGAUGUGCCCAUGGGAAAACACGAGAUUGCCAACUGAGGGAAGGGAGUUGAGAAGACAAGUCUAGCACAAAUAUUAGAA